AAUGUGGGGUUUAGAAUGGCCAUACAGAUUUUUAAGAAAAGCGGAUAAAGUGACCCUGAGCGUUUGCUCCACCAACCCAAGAGCGCAUACUCUGUAGCAUGUGUGGCAGCAUGCAAGAAGUGGCCAAAUUCGGAGGAAGAAAAAGUUCGAAAUAUGUCUAGUAGGGGUGCAUUUACAAUUGUUGACUACAAGGCGGGCCAAUCUCCAUCAGCAUCGUCGCUUUUUCCCGAAAAGUUCUCGAGAGUUUAUGGUUUGCUGCAAGGGUGAUGGUACCACUUCUGUCUUCAUGGUAAGAAUCAAAACUUUAGGUAAUUGCAGCUGGUGCUAGAUGCUUGGAAUUGCAAGAGCGAGAAGGGACGACUUUAGUCGCGGAGAGAAGUAGCAGGGAAUUAAUUGUUCGGAGCACGACAUCGUCACACUUUGUAAGGGACAGUGGAGGACCAUCACGAAUACUGGACGAAUUUCGAGUGCGAGUCAUGGCCAAGAACGCUGUUGCAGGCGUUUCUAACUCGCAGUGUGGAAUGAUAAUUAAACCUUCUGCGUCAAUGAGGGCAACACGUGAAACUCUCCGAUGGAGCAACAUCGUAUCCAACAAAACUUGCACAUCAUUCCGUCGUUUAACCGUGAAAAUUCAUGCGAUGGGAAGAUUAAAUGUUCAUUGUGUUGAGACCUCCCAUCCCUGCAGACCAAGGCUCAUGUCUGCCCCUUUCGGAGGAAGAUUGCCCACUUUUCAAAUUCGCGCAUCACAUGGCGAGAAUGUCUUGCCUCCUCCAGCUCUGUCAGGUGACAAUGGCGUGGCCACUCUCGAUUCUCUUCUGGAUGGUUCCUCCAGCGAGAAUAAGACAAUCCCUGAUAAGAUCGACGAUCGCAGUGACCGUUGGGAGGCGAUUAUCGAGCGGGUGAUUUUCAACUGUCGGUUCUUCACACUCAUGGCAGUUGUGGGAUCUCUGGUCGGUUCAGUGCUGUGUUUCUUGAAGGGCACCUUGUUUGUGACACAGUCCUUCGUGGAAUAUUUUCAAGCAGCAUGGCAAGGUCUUAGUACCAGUAAAGUUGUGUUUCUCCUCGUGGAAGCUGUUGAUGUAUACUUAAUGGGAACUGUGAUGCUCAUAUUUGGUAUGGGACUUUAUGAGCUUUUUGUGGACACGUUGGAGGUGUCUGGCGCUGAGUGUGAGGAAGUACGAGAACCCGCAUGUGGUUCAAAUCUGUUUGGCCUCUUUCAAAUGAAGGAGCGGCCAAAGUGGCUUGAAAUCAGGUCGCUGGACGAGUUAAAGACUAAGCUUGGGCACGUGAUAGUGAUGAUUUUGCUGGUUGGAAUGUUCGAAAAAAGUAAGAAGGUGCCGAUCAACAAUGGGCUUGAUCUGCUCUGUUUUUCUGCUUCCAUUCUCCUCUCCUCUGGCUGUCUCUUUCUGCUAUCUAAACUUCACAGCACUCACAGCGGCGCCCAUUAAGGUCCAGAUUCUGGAGCAAUUUUUUCAUACAAAAUUCCAUGAUUUGCAUUGGAAAUGUUCCAUUGCCGAAAUUUCUGCUACUCAAUCAGUUUGAUUCAGUUGAAGAAGCGUUAUGAGAUCAUGCAGAAAACGAAUUUGAUCUAAGCAGUUUUCUCAAAGAUAUCUGUAAAAUGAUUACAGAAGGCAUCAUACAAGUAGUGAAACGAUUUUAUCUUUUUGAAUCUAUCCUAGUUAUCUACCAAAUGUGGGUGCAUUAUAACAAACAAAUCAGAGAUGUAUCACUUAACUACAUAGGGAUUGGUUAUAGAAAUGAGAUUGUGAAGAUUUGGCUUCUAUUAAAGUGUAUAAUAAAAUAUGGGUAGAUCAAUCAAGUUCAUUAA